CAUUUAAAGAAAUAACAAAACAAAACAGUAAAAACAGUGAGGUGUUCAGAUGCUUCUGUGUUUCGAAAUUUGAGAUAAUUUGAGCCCCUUUGCGCCGGCUAAUUUUCCACUCUUGACAGAAGGUAUUUUAAUCAGUACAUCGCUUUUACAGGUUCCUACGGGCAAACGCCUUCAGAAUCGGUCAUCCUUUUUGACAGCGCCCUAAUGACAGCCGCAAUUAUCUGGAGUUAGCCUUUCAAAAUUAGGAACUGCGGUCUUCUGACUCUACUGUCACUCAAAUUUGCCCAGGAUGGCCACUUGGCACGGACUUCAAAAGGAUGUCUUUCUUGACGAGAAGAUGGUUGCAAUGGUCCACGUCAACAAGACUAUGAAGAAGAAGAAAAGCAGUUUUCUCUGCCUUACUGCCACUAAAGAUUCACCAUCGAGGGUCCUCAUUCACCAGGUGAAGCAAACUGACCGAAGCGCAUUCAAGAAAAAGGAAGUAUGGGAAUUGUCGGAUCUCAAGCUCGUGGAUGCAAAAAAUGCUUCUGGCGACCACCAAGAUUUUGACCUGCAAUUUGACAAGCUGUACCACUGGAGUGCGACAAACCAAAAUGAGCGUCAAAAUUUUUUGAUUUUCUUGUGGAAGAUGAGCAACAAAUAUCUUCCAAAGCAGAGACCAGCGUUCCUCAACUUCCCUGAAGAAUGGCAGUCGGAAGCAACGCCUGCACAGGAAUCUGCAGAAGUUACAGUGAGCACUGUGAUUGUGGACGAGACCCCCGAGUACAUGCCACUGACUGAGAGGGAAAUCACUGACUUGGAAAAACUCAUGAGCCAGUGUGAUUAUGCAUACAGUAAUUCUGCAGCGUUCAUGGAAACUUUGGCCAGAGACUUGUCAAUUUUAGACGGAGAGAACAUUCACAGUGUGCUAGCUGCCGAGCAGCAAGUAGAGGCUCUCAUGUCUCACCUGGAAAAUGCAAUAAGUGAAGCAGACAAAAUCGAGUCCCAGCUCAACGUAUACUGUGAUUCAAUUCAACACAUUCAAAAGUCAAUUGUCAACAUGGGAAAGAAAAAUACCACCAACCAGGUCAUUGGGAAAAACAAUCAAGUCCUGCUCGAAGAGUUGGAAAACAUUGUCUCCCAGCUAGAUGUCCCAUACAAACUUCAGAUGGCCCUGAUCGAGGCUGACCUGAACUCACCAAACGGGUUGAAAGAGGCCAUCGAAGCAGGCAAUGCUCUCAUCAAAGCUAUGAAUGCUGACUUGCAUCCUGCUUUGGUCAAUUUGGCCGCAGUUCAGGAGCAAAAGAAGCGAUUCGACAAGUGGAGGAUCAAGUUUUCUCAGAGCAUUUGUCGUUACCUCAACAACCUAUUUAUUCAUGAGGGAAACAAAGAGUUCAUGUCGAUGGAUGGCUAUCACCAUGAAUCUCGACUAGUUCUGCCGACGCUGGACACUGUCCACAACAACCUCAAGCCGUAUGCGCCUCUGAUGCACUGGUUGCGCCAAAUGGACCGAAAAGCAUUCACCGACCUGUCUAAAGUUUACAUCAACUCCUUGCAGAAGCGUUAUGAAUCUGUGAUCCGCCAGUUCUUCGAAGAAGCCAAGAACAGGCUGAACGCUGGCACUCUGAAGAGAGGCAAAGGCAGCAGCCAGGACAUAAGCAGCUCUGGUCAGACACCCAAAGAAGGGCAGAACUCGCCUGUUAACCAACGACUCUUGGCUCAGGAACGAGAGCAAUGGAAAGCUGCGGACGACACUGCAGACAGGGAAAAAUUUGAUGAGCUGCUGGAGAGGGCCCUGACUCAGUUGGAGCCAAUGUUCUUGGCUGAACAGAAAUUCUGCAUGCUGUUCUUCCAGCUCGAUAUGGUCUCACCAACAAGAUCGAACACGCAAUCGACAUUGAGUAGCUUUUCCAUGCAAAGCCCGGGCAAUGCUAUUGCGACGCCAAGCAAGGAAGAAGCUGAGAGGAAAAUGGAAAAAUAUGUCACCGAAGAAGUGAGAAGGAUGAUGGGAGAACUGUUCGGAAGUCUGGAACCAGAGCUCAUGGCAUUUAUUUCUUACAAUGAGAAAAUUGAUAGUUUCUGCUGUAUGAACGUGCUUGUUAGGCUGAGCCAACAUGUGAUGCUUGCUCAAGACACUGGCAAUUUCCUUAGUGUUACUUUUGCCACUCUUCUUGUCCAAGUGAAACGAAAUUUUGAUAAAUUUAUGACUGCUCAAAGAAAAUCGAUCGAGGAUACAAAGGCCAAUAGAUCAAGCAAAUGUGGAAUUCUGCCGUUUGUGGAUAAUUUUGAGGAUUUUGCAAAAAUUGCAGAGAAAAUAUUCCAGAGCUCAGAGAGAAGAACAGAUUUGGAAAAGUGGUACAGAAAUCUGAUGAUUGCUAUGUUUGAAGCAAUUCCUCGCAUUGGCGUUGAGCACCAAAAGACUCCGCAACAAGUUGUGAAAAUGGAAAAUUUCCAUAGACUUCAGGGCUUGUUAUCAAGACUUAAAAUUGCUGCUCUGGAAUCUUACAAAAAGGAAGCAAAGCAGCGGUACCAAGACGCUCUCAAAGCUUAUGUUACUCUUUACUUUGGUCGUCCCCUCGAAAAGCUCAAUCUCUUCUUUGAGGGUGUGCAAGCAAAAGUAGCUCAGGGUGUUAAGGAAAGUGAGGUCAGCUACCAAAUGGCCUUCAGCAAGCAGGAGCUUCGAAAAGUCAUAAAGGAAUAUCCAGCCCGCGAAGUCAAAAAGGGACUGGAUUCCCUUUACAAAAAAGUUGAGAAGCAUUUGAGUGAAGAAGAAAAUCUUCUUCAGGUCGUCUGGCGAGCCAUGCAGGAAGAGUUCAUUCAGCAGUAUAAAACUAUCGAGGAACUGAUCCACAGGUGCUACCCCAAUGCAAUGAUCACCCUUGAGUUCACCAUUCAAGACAUUCUUCUGUUCUUCUCCGAGAUCGCUCAAUCUCACUAACUGCAUCCCCAAAUGAUAUAAUAGGUAGAUCAUAAUUAUUCUCUUUCCUAAUUUAAGUCGUAAUUUAUUUAAUUCGACUGGUUGAUAUAAUGGUCUUGUUAUAACUGGUUAAGGGAAAUGUUUUUUGUUGAAAUGUAUAAAUAUUUUAGAUAGCAAAUAUAUAACGCUCAUGAAAUGAAA